AUGAUGCUAAAAGCUUUCAAAAAGUUCCAGCCACUACUCAACCGUGUUCUUGUGGAGCGGUUGGCAGCAGGGACUGAGAUCAAGUCCCAAGUGCUCCAGGCCACUGUGGUGGCUGUGGGACCUGGUGCCAUCAACAAGACUGGAGCUAUAAUUCCUGUAAGCGUUAAAGUGGGCGAGAAGGUUCUACUGCCAAAAAAAAGAGGCACAAAUGUGGUGCUUGAAGAUCAGGACUAUUUCUUGUUCUGGGAUGUAGAUAUCCUUCGAAAAUCUGUUGAAUAAUUCCCAGUUUAUCAUCCCCGAGGAGUGGUUCUGUUUAUUUUUUUGCUUUCUUUUCAAUUGUAAAUAAUUCUGUUGUUAACC